AUGAAUUUUGAUUAUCUCCAAUACAAAUAUAUCUUGAGAAACAAAGGUAUCGCGACCGAAAGCGAUUAUCCAUACAAUGGAGUUGAUGGAACAUGCUGGAGUAAAAUGAGUGAAGCCGCAGCUCAUAUAAGGGGGUUUCAUGAUGUACUUGCAAAUACCGUGGCGAACCAACCAGUGUCUGUUUCGGUUGCUGUCAAUCGAAACUUUCAGUCAUACUCUGGAGGUAUAUUUAAAGGGCCAUGUGGCACUGAUCUCACUGAUCUCAACCACGCGGUUACUGUUAUUGGUUAUGGCACCACCGAAUAUGGCAAAAAGUACUGGUUGAUCAAGAAUUCAUGGGGUGAGAGUUGGGGGGAGAAUGGGUACAUGAGGUUGCUCAGGGGAAGUGGUAAACAUGGAGGGUUAAGGUCGGUCAGUGAGACGAUGGAGGAUAAGCUUCAUCGUCAAGAGGGAAACAGCUCGGAUCACCAGCUAAGGCCCCUAAAUGACCGUUUAGUGAUAAAGGAGGUAGGGUGCAGAGACAACCAGAAGGUUUGCCUAGUAAUAGCUCACUGA